AUGGACUUCAAGUUCAAUCUGGCUGGAUUCCAUCACAGGAAAAAGGAGGGAAAUACCAAGAAGCAGCGAUGGUUGAAGAAGGGGAACGCAGAUUCCACAUCGCCUCGAACAGCGGGUAUCGCAAAGACAAAGUCUUUGUCGAGCGUGGGCGUACCGAAUGUCGGACCGCAGUUCUGGGAGGAAGAAGGCCUCCGAAUCCCGCUAUACAAAGGCGGUAGGAAGAGAAUAUGUGCUUCUGUAUCGGCAAGUCUCCGCAACAAAAAAGUGGAAGAGCUGCUGGAAAUUGUGGAAGAUUACGCAGGUGCAAACAAGCGACAGCAGAUGGACGGCGGAAAGCAGACAAAGGCAUAUAUCGCAGACUGGAUCGAGUCAAAGGAGACACUUGCCCUUGGAAGGAACCGACACAGCAAGCUUCCACCGAACGUACAGAGAGCUAGACUUAGACGUGAAGAUGAUGUCGCACCAGCUCCGAAGCCGGUUACUACAGUCUCUCUCGCAAACACCAAGAAGAAAACGGAAGUAACAUCGUCGAAGAAGCAAUCCCUCCAGGUGCAUACAAAGCAGGAUACAGUCCGUAUAUCAAAGAUUCAAGCGGAAAGUAAGCAGACCAUCGCAGUUGCACGGCCCGAUGAGACGCAAGAUAUGCACUCGAACGAAACGAUACCUAAAGACCAAGGACAUGAUUUCCAAGCAAGCACAUUGCCGAUUGAUUCCGGCAUAUUGAAUGAGUCUCUAAGUGAUGUGGAAAGAUCAAACAAGCGCAAGCAUGGCAACACACAUGAGCCAACGCUUCUCCAGCAAACGGCGAAGAAACAGAGAACUCAUGACUCCACUGGAGAAGUGUCUGAAGCGAAAUCCACGAUCUCGAAACCCGACAAUACGCAGUAUCCGCUUCAAGAUCAUACCGUGCAUUUCCAGGAUCCUGUAGCACAGCGGCGUGAGCAAAAAGAAGCGACUUUAGUUAACACUAUCAACAAGAUGAACGAGGAAGCUUCCAAACUUGCAAGACGCCAGGCCUUCAUGAACGAUGUCGGUCUUGAUCCGACCCAGCUCGAUCGGUCCACGGUAAUCGUUCCCGGAAAAUACAAGGACACAGUCCUCACCGUCACAUCGAACGCCGAAAGUGGCUACACGAUUAUCCAUGAUACACAAAUAUCGCACAGUUGUAACAAGCUCAACAUGGAAGACGCAUCGCCAGUAAAGCAUCAAGAACCAUCGUUUUUGAAACCCGGAAGACAUGGUCGACAUGGCGAUUUCGACGACGACGAAGACCGUUUUACCGGCAGAGGGCACCAGAUGACUCCCGAAGACGAAGUAGAAUACCACAACUACCUACAGUUUCGUGGAGAUUUCCUCGAUAUGUAUCCCACAUAUCCGAGGUUGGCAGAAGGAAACAAUGCAAAUUCUGACCUUUCCAAUCGGUGGAACGAUAACGAGGUUUGGUACCGGAGGUUUAGGGAGAAGUAUUCGGGUUUGGCGCCUGCGCACCUGUGGGAUUGUGGGUGCGAGAAGAUCGGUGACGGAAGUGAGAGUGAGGCAGAGUAG